GUCGCUGUCAAGUGGUCUUACAUCAUGUAAUAUUAGUACCUCUAGCACUAUGAAAACGACAUACAAUUCUGCCGGCAUCUGCCACGCUAGCAGAACAUGGUUCUGCUAGUUCUGUCCACAACACUAGAACUUAGAACGCAUGAGGGAAUAAGGUUAUGCUGAAUUUAAUUUUUCUUAGCACGUGAUGUGGGGCUGGAGCCUCAGGCUUAUGAUACACGCACCUCUGGUGCUUAGAGAAAGACACCUACAAUUCCUCCAAAGUCCACUCGCGAUCAACCUCCAGUAAAAUGUCGGAGCUCGUUCCGACCACUACACCCCUGCGAUAUUUCUAUCACCAUAUAGCAGACGUAACGACAGUUGCAGUUUUCCCCGAUAGACAACAGAUGGUUACGGGGGGCUUAAUGGAUAGAAGAUUGUGUCUCUGGGACUUGGCGACAGGUGUUAUGUUGAAGCAGUUGUAUGAACAUUACAGUGACGUGAGCUCACUGGUGGAAUUGGCGGUAUCACGAGAUGGGCAAUUAAUAGCAAGUGGUCAUACUGGUGGAGAGAUCACUGUCUGGUAUGGAGAAACUGAAAAGUCGACCCAAUACAUCAAAGCCCACUCCGAUUGGAUCUGCUCGCUGGACUUUGCUGCUGAUGGGACAGUGCUGGCUACUGGCUCAUUGGACAAAACAACAAAGUUGUGGAAUACUACAACCUGGGAGCAAAUCAAUGCAAUCGAGUGUGGUGGUUAUGUCAACUGCGUACGAUAUUCGCCGUCUGGAGAAUUUCUUGCCAUUGCAACAUCCAGCAUCGAAAUUUAUAAUCCAGGCACGAGGGAACGCGUCGCGUCAUUGGAGGCUCACACAAAAUCCAACUUGUCACUCACGUGGACACCCGAUGGCAAGCGCCUUCUCACAGCCGGUGAUAAUUACGAUCCUACCAUACGCGAAUGGGAUGCAUUGACCUGGCAGCAGGUUGGUGUUCCUUGGGCUGGCCACACUGACAGGAUCAAUGGCAUUGCCAUCAACGCUACUGGCACACUCGCCGCCUCCGCAUCUUCUGAUAACCAUGUCCGUCUUUGGCAGCUCUCAGAUCAACGAGCCAUUGUCACCUUCAAGCACCCAUCUACGUCAUUAUGCGUCACUUUCUCCGUAGACGGCAAGCACAUCCUCAGCGGAGCUGGCAAUAGGAUCUUAGAGUGGACAAUCAGUGAGAAACUUCAUCCAAAAAAAUCUGCAGGUCGCUCGUGGUGCAUCUGUGACCUUGAAGAUUCCAAGGGCUGCUACUCCGCUCUACUGACCACAUAUGAUCUGUGUGGCAUGAGGGUCCAGUCUCCUGACAUCUGUGACGAGCGUGGUGUCCAAAUUCAUGUCAGUGAAUACAAGACAAAGCUGAAAGAGGGAUCAAUUGUGGAGUUGGAGGUCAUUCUGAAGCUCUGGACCAUUAAGCCCUGUAGCAACUCUUCCAACCCUCGCGAUGCCAAUGGCUCCCAUAUGAUGCUACAGCAUAUGCAGCUGCUGCCAUGUGAGAAUUCUCUGUGGUUCGGUCCACAGUUCUCACAUCAGCCAGAACUGGACUGGAAAACGGUUCUUGGUUCUAGGUCUUCCCGAAUGGUCCCGUUCUGGUUCAGCAAGGCCGAACCAUUCCGAACCAUUAUCGACAUCGACUGCGACUGCGACUGUGACAAAGUUGGUCUCCACAUCAAACUGCUGUCUUUGGGAUUUGCACUAUUGGUUAAUCAGGCUACCUUCAGCCUUUUCAAGGCACCUUUGAUUUGUGUCCCACCAAUCAUCUGGACUGAACCAUCACUCAGCUCCAUCUUGCUGUCGUCCACCCACAAAUUACAGGUACCCUCAGCUCCUGUUGCCAAUAAACCCAGCCUAUUCCCUACCUUGUCUACUCCACAAAUAACCACCACCACUGCACCUACCACAUCAUCUACACCCUCCAUACCAGACUUUUUUGCUAAGCCAAUUGCACCAUUGACACCUGCACCUGCAGCUCCUUUUACCACUUCGAGCAACGCUGCCCCAACUUCUGCCCCAUCCACACCUGCACCGCUGAAGUUUGACUUUGGCAAGAAGCCUGCGAGCACGAUCCCAAAGCCUACUGCUGCACCUUCCCCUACCACAACUGUUGCCAAUGCUGCAAAACAGACUUGCCCUUUAUUCGCAUUUUCGGCAGCUGCUCCCCAAUCCAGUCCCCUGGGAGCGAGUUCACACGGCUGA